UGGCUCCGAGCACCAAUUUCGGCAAGUUUGCAGUCAGGUGCCAGCACGUGGACGCCUCCGCGCCGCACCGAGCGUGCUCAGCCCACCCACCUCCAUCCACCGGCGCCAGCCGCCUCCUUCGCAUCUGCGCGGGGCUCCGGGCAGCGGCGGCCCAGCUCCCGGCUCCCGGCUGUCGGCAGGCGGACCGGGAGGCGGGAACGGGGCGGGCUGCCGGCGCUUCGCUCCCGGAAGCGGGUGGUUGUCAGGCUCCCGCCGAGCGGACCGAGCUCCAGCAUCCCUGCCCACGCCUCCAGGAGCAGCGAGAGCCGCACCGCCGCCCUCAGAGCGCGACCCCGGCUCGCGCCCUGCCCGGCCGGCAAGAUGCUGCAUGUGUACUCAGAGGGGAAGCCCAACCCGCUGCAGGACGCGAACCUCUGCUCGCGCGUGUUCUUCUGGUGGCUAAACCCCUUGUUUAAAAUUGGUCAUAAGCGGAGAUUAGAAGAAGAUGAUAUGUAUACAGUGCUUCCAGAAGAUCGCUCAAAGCACCUUGGAGAAGAGUUGCAAGGGUGCUGGGAUAAAGAAGUUUUGAGAGCCAAGACAGACGCACGGAAGCCUUCUCUAACAAAGGCAAUCAUAAAGUGUUAUUGGAGAUCCUAUUUAGUUUUGGGAAUUGUUACGUUUAUUGAGGAAGUCAUCAAAAUAAUCCAGCCCAUAUUUUUGGGGAAAAUUAUUGAUUAUUUUGAAAAGUAUGAUCCCACCGAUUCUGCGGCUUUGUAUGAAACGUACGGCUAUGCAUUCGUGCUGACUGCCUGCACACUCAUCUUGGCCAUCCUGCACCACUUAUAUUUUUAUCACGUUCAGUGUGCUGGGAUGAGGUUGAGAGUAGCCAUGUGCCAUAUGAUUUAUCGGAAGGCGCUUCGCCUUAGUAACGUGGCCAUGGGGAAGACCACCACAGGCCAGAUAGUCAACCUGCUGUCCAACGAUGUGAACAAGUUUGACCAGGUGACAAUAUUCUUGCACUUUCUGUGGGCAGGGCCACUGCAGGCUAUCGCAGUAACUGGCCUGCUCUGGAUGGAAAUAGGAAUUUCAUGUCUUGCCGGGAUGGCAGUUCUCGUCAUUCUUCUGCCUUUGCAAAGCUGCUUCGGGAAGUUGUUCUCGUAUUUCCGGAGUAAGACCGCAACCUUCACAGACAUCAGGAUCAGGACCAUGAAUGAAGUUAUAACUGGCAUAAGAAUAAUAAAAAUGUAUGCUUGGGAAAAGUCAUUUGCAGAACUUAUUACCAGUUUCAGAAGGAAGGAAAUCGCCAAGAUUCUGAGAAGUUCCUACCUUAGAGGAAUGAAUUUGGCGUCAUUUUUCAUUGCAAGCAAAAUCAUCGUUUUUGUGACCUUCACCACCUAUGUGCUCCUGGGCAAUGUGAUCACAGCCAGCCGUGUGUUUGUGGCAAUGACACUGUAUGGGGCUGUGCGUGUGACCGUCACCCUCUUCUUCCCCUCGGCCAUUGAGAGAGUCUCGGAGGCAGUUGUCAGCAUCCGAAGAAUCCAGAACUUUCUGUUACUUGAUGAGAUAUCACAGCAUGACCCUCAGCUGCCAUUAAAUGAUGGUAAAAUGAUAGUGCAUGUGGAAGAUUUUUCUGCUUUUUGGGAUAAGGCAUCAGAAACUCCAACCCUACGAGGCCUUUCCUUCACUGUCAGACCUCGUGAAUUGUUAGCCGUGGUUGGACCUGUGGGAGCAGGAAAGUCAUCACUGUUAAGUGCUGUGCUGGGGGAACUGCCCCCGAGCCAGGGGCUGGUCACUGUGCAUGGAAAAAUUGCAUAUGUUUCUCAGCAGCCCUGGGUGUUUUCAGGAACUGUGAGGAGUAAUAUUUUAUUUGGGAAGAAAUAUGAAAAGGAACGGUAUGAAAAAGUCAUAAAGGCUUGUGCUUUGAGAAAGGAUUUACAGCUUUUGGAGAAUGGAGAUCUAACUGUGAUAGGAGAUCGAGGAACCACGCUGAGUGGAGGACAGAAAGCCCGGGUCAACCUCGCAAGAGCCGUGUAUCAAGAUGCAGACAUUUACCUCCUGGACGAUCCUCUCAGUGCAGUGGAUGCAGAAGUUAGCAGGCACCUGUUUGAACUGUGUAUUUGCCAAACCUUGCAUGAGAAGAUCACAAUCUUAGUGACUCAUCAGUUGCAGUACCUAAAAGCCGCCAGUCAGAUUCUGAUAGUGAAAGAUGGUGAAAUGGUGCAAAAGGGGACCUACACUGAGUUUCUGAAAUCUGGGGUAGAUUUUGGUUCCCUUUUAAAGAAGGAAAAUGAGGAGACUGAACAAUCUCCAGUUCCAGGAACUCCCACGCUGAGGAAUCGGACCUUCUCGGAGUCUUCGGUUUGGUCUCAACAGUCUUCUAGACCGUCGUUGAAAGAUGGCACUCCAGAGGGCCAAGAUACUGAGAACGCACAGGUUACGCUAUCAGAGGAGAGCCGUUCUGAAGGAAAUAUUGGUCUUAAGGCCUACAAGAAUUACUUCACAGCUGGUGCUCACUGGCUUAUCAUCAUUUUCCUUAUUCUAUUAAACAUCAUAGCACAGGUGGCCUACAUUCUUCAGGACUGGUGGCUUUCAUACUGGGCAAAUGAGCAGAGCGCCCUGAAUGUCACUGUAAAUGGAAAAGAAAAUGUAACUGAGAAGCUCGAUCUUAACUGGUACUUAGGAAUUUAUUCAGGUUUAACUGUAGCUACCGUCCUUUUUGGCAUAGUGAGAGCUCUGUUGGUAUUCUACGUCCUUGUUAAUUCUUCACAAACUUUGCACAACAGAAUGUUUGAGUCCAUUUUGAAAGCUCCGGUAUUGUUCUUUGAUAGAAAUCCAAUAGGAAGAAUUUUAAAUCGUUUCUCCAAAGACAUUGGGCAUAUGGAUGACUUGCUGCCCCUGACAUUUCUAGAUUUCAUCCAGUCAUUUCUACAAGUGAUCGGUGUGAUGGGUGUGGCGGUGGCGGUGAUUCCUUGGAUUUCGUUACCCCUGAUUCUCCUCAUCAUCAUUUUCUUUGUUCUUCGGCGAUAUUUCUUGGAAACAUCAAGAGAUGUCAAACGCCUGGAAUCUACAACUCGGAGCCCGGUGUUUUCCCACUUAUCGUCUUCUCUCCAAGGGCUCUGGACCAUCCGGGCAUACAAAGCUGAAGAGAGGUUUCAGGAACUGUUCGACGCACACCAGGAUUUGCAUUCAGAGGCUUGGUUCUUGUUUUUGACUACGUCCCGGUGGUUUGCUGUGCGUCUGGAUGCCAUCUGUGCCAUCUUUGUCACUGUUAUUGCCUUUGGGUCGCUGAUUCUGGCAGAAACAUUGGACGCUGGGCAGGUUGGUCUGGCAUUGUCCUACGCCCUCACGCUCAUGGGGAUGUUCCAGUGGUGCGUCAGGCAGAGCGCUGAAGUUGAGAAUAUGAUGAUCUCAGUGGAACGGGUGAUUGAAUAUACAGACCUCGAGAAAGAAGCGCCUUGGGAAUACCAGAAACGCCCCCCGCCGAGCUGGCCCCACGAAGGAGUGAUUGUCUUUGAUAACGUUAACUUCACAUACAGUUUAGACGGGCCUCUGGUGCUGAAGCACCUGACAGCGCUCAUUAAAUCAGGAGAAAAGGUUGGCAUUGUGGGACGAACAGGAGCUGGAAAAAGUUCCCUCAUCUCGGCCCUUUUUAGAUUGUCAGAACCCGAAGGUAAAAUUUGGAUUGAUAAGAUCUUGACAACCGAAGUUGGACUUCACGAUUUAAGGAAGAAAAUGUCAAUCAUACCUCAGGAACCUGUUUUAUUCACUGGAACAAUGAGGAAAAAUCUGGAUCCCUUUAAUGAACAUACAGAUGAGGAACUAUGGGAUGCCUUAAAAGAGGUACAACUUAAAGAAGCCGUGGAAGAUCUUCCUGGUAAAAUGGAUACUGAAUUAGCAGAAGCAGGAUCGAACUUUAGUGUGGGACAGAGACAGUUGGUGUGCCUUGCCAGGGCUAUUCUCAGGAAAAAUCGGAUAUUGAUAAUUGACGAAGCGACAGCAAAUGUAGAUCUAAGAACUGAUGAGUUAAUACAAAAAAAAAUCCGUGAGAAAUUUGCUCAUUGCACUGUGCUAACCAUCGCGCACAGGUUGAACACGAUUAUUGACAGCGACAAGAUUAUGGUUUUGGAUUCAGGAAGGCUGAAAGAAUAUGAUGAGCCGUAUGUUUUGCUGCAAAAUAGAGAUAGCCUAUUUUACAAGAUGGUGCAACAACUGGGCAAGGCAGAAGCUGCUGCCCUCACUGAAACAGCAAAACAGGUGUACUUCAAAAGGAAUUAUCCUGCUAUUACUCACAAUGGCCAUGUGGUUAUGAACGUGUCCAAUGGACAGCCCUCAGCCUUAACUAUUUUUGAGACAGCACUGUGAUUCUGCCGCAUUGUCGUCUAAUCUGAAGGCAUUUUUUCAAUGGUUUUUGCACUGUAUAAACUAUAUUGUACUUUUUUCACACUAGCGAAACAUAUUUACACAGAGAUGUUAGUUUAUUUGAAUUUUUCCUCCAACUUCACCCAAUCAUUUCAAACUCUAACAAAAUGUUGUAUUGUUUUUAUUUAUAUGUGAUAGUAUUUUUUUUCCUUAUCCAAAUCAGAGGUGCAGGCCACCCAUAAAAACUGUCUACCAGGUUUUGUGCCUUAAGAGACCCCAGACCCAAAGCCCAUUUUAUAAGGUGUAAGACAAAUUGUCACAGAUUUUUUUUUUUACUGCCCUCAAGAUUACAUAUUACUUUCCAGUUUUAUCAGGAAUUCUGUUUACUUGAAGACUGUGUGACAUUGCCAUUUUGUCUCACCACUUUCCUUAACAUAACUAGGAUCCGUUAUUUUCCCUAAAGACCUCUGGUUAAAAUAGUACAGAUAAAACUAAUAGGGGGGAAAAAUAUAUAUAUAUAUACACACACACACACUUUAGUUUGUGACAUUAUAGUAGGAAGGGUCUGUCCCCCAGCCCCCAAAAAAGAUAGUAUGGUUAAAAUACAGAAGGACAAUAUUUAAUUGCAUGUUCUAAAAGAGAAUGAAGAGAAAAUAAUACGUUCUCAAAAUAGGAGCCCUUAUAGGUGAUUUGAUAUUGAAGGACUCAAGUGUGGUCGUUGAUUGACGUAUAGACUGCACGACUCUGACAUGGUAACCAUUGCAGUUUUAGACUCAGCAUGGCGAUAUUUUCAAAAAAGCCCAAACCACUAACUGGAAUUCCUAAAUAGGAAGUAGUAGUCUUAUUUGGAUUUCUGGUUUACUGACAGUUAACCCUCUGUUGACUAUAAGCCUUUUGGUUUAGCCUUUAUUGAAACCCUUUCCCAAUUGCAUGCAUAGGCUCUCCUGACUUGGUGGUGAGAACUGAAAAUUGUUGGAAACAUUGACUGUAAUUAUGUUGUCUGUUCUCAGGAUGCACCCAGAAGGUCCACUUUCAUGAGCCUGCCCCGGUCAGUUUACUUUGGACCACUAAGAGCAGUUUGUUUCAGGUCUUUCUGCUUAGUGAUUCAACAAACCACAGUACUUCCUAUGGCCUGCUGUGUACUGUAUUUGAACUCUGGGUCUUCAGUUUUUCUCGAUGGUGGUGUCUAUGGUAUGUUGAGCUCAAGUUACUAAAGGUUUUACUGUCACGAUUUUAAGUAGACUCUCAAGACCUCUCAGAAUAAGGUGUAACCACCCUCAAAUUGCAUAUGUUAACAUAUGUGCCUUCAUAUAGCGGGUUUGGGGACUCUUCAACAGAGAGAAACAGAUGUUUUCUAGAAUCAAGCCUUAAAAAGCACACCCACAGCAAAUUACCAAAAUACAUUGAGUGCAGUUGCUGUUUGACUCUUUGUAUUUAGGAAUAAUAUAGUUAAUGUUUAGUCCAGUAAAUUGUUUAAUAGUCAUGGUGAGUAUUUCAGGAAACUGACAUGACAACAGUGAUAAUAAUGCGGUGUGUUAAAACAGUGGAAAUAUAUGAAAUAUGUCUGUGUUUAUUUGGUCUUUAUAGGUUAAAAGCAGUUAAAUAUGUUUCUAUUUUAUUUCUGUUUUAACGUCAUCAUAGAAUUUUUUAAUGAAACGAAAUUCAAUUGAAAUAAAUGACAGUUUUCAUCUCCAUUCAGAGAUCUGUAUUUUUGUUCUUAGAGGGAUAACUGACUCAUGUCUCUGCUGUUGAAAGCCAGUGAGUCUUUCUGAGAUCAAAAAAUAUCUUCCAUUCUCAAAGGUUCUCUUAGCUAAUUAGGUGUACCAAAUAUUAUAAGCAAAUAGGUAGGUUUCAGACGGAUUGAAACAGUUGCCAUUGAAGCAAGUCCAGUUGCACCCCUUCCAUGAAGGAAGAAUAUUAGCUUAUGCCCUAGACUUGAACAAGUAUUAAAUUGUUGAAGUUUUUGUUUUUUGAAAGGUAACUUUGCCCUAAACUAGCAAGAAACAUCUGUUGCUGCUACAUUUAAAACACUAUGGAAUAAUGGUUCUCAAAGCGUGGUCCCUGGACCGUCAGCAUCACCUAAGAACUUGUUAGAAGUGCAGAUUCUUGUAUCUCACCCCAGAUCUACUGAAUCAGAAACUCUAGUGGGGACCAGUAGUCUGUGUCUUAAAAACUCUAAAUGUGAUUCUGAGGCAGACAGAAGUCUGAGAACUUAGCUAGAACAUAACUCCUAAAACUCAUCAGGAAAAACACAGAAAGCCCAAUUAGAGAAAUGAACAAGAGACUUGAAUAGGCACUUCACAAAAGAGAAUAUCCAAAUGGCCAAUAACUGGAAAAGUGCUCACUCUUGUUGGUAACCAGGGAAAUGCAAAUUAAAACCACCAUGAGAUACCACCAGACACCCAAUGGAAUGGCUAAAAUUAAAAAGAUUGAGAAGACCAAUCAAGCACCAGUGGAGCAGUGGGAACUCGCAUGCCCUGCUGUGUGUAUAUUGACAAAACGGCUUUGGAAAACAGUCUAACAGCAUUUACUCCAGCUGCGCACCCUGUGAUCUGUUGAUUCUACUCCAAGGCUGUACACAUGUGCUCCAAGAGAUGUGUUUAAGGAUGUUCCUAGAAACAUAAUUCUGGAUAGCCCCAAACCGGAAAUAAUCCAGAUGCUCAGCAGCGACAGCUGGUAAAUGAACUAUGAUGCCAUGGAAUACUCUACAGCAAUGAAAGCGAUUCAACUACCUCGACAACGCAGGUGAAUCUCAGAGACUGAAGAAGCCCGACCCAAAAGGAUAUUUAUGAUUCCAUUUAUACAAAGUUCCAACAACUGAACAACAGUGUUCAAAGUCAGAACAGGGCUUCACUUUGGGGAGGUGGAAGGUGGUGGUAAUUGGAAGAAAAAAAAGGGCAACUGCUAGGAUGCUUAAAUCAUGGGGGUUUUUGGCUGCCUGAUGGUUAGAUCGGUAUUCAUUGGGCUCUUCAUGUAUUUUCUGCACUUUUCUGCUGUAUGUCGUACUUCACAAUUGUUACCUAAAAAGUUCUCAGCCUUGUCUUUCUUUUAGAAUCUCAUUCAAGUUCAGUGGCUCAGUCGUCUAAAACUGAAUAAUCUGCAUCUGGGUAGUUAUCUCUGCUGAGGUCUUAAAAUGUAAGGCUGUUCAAGGGUUGUCUGGUGGCCCAUAGCAGAUGGCCUCAUUUGAAACUCUUGGGGCAUGAGUAGUCAAGGUCUAUUUUUUCUCUAACCAAUUAAUAAACCCCACUUACUCUCUUCAAUUGCAGCAGAAAUUAAAAGAGAACUGUAACAUUUUUCUGGCUUCUGGGUUUUUUUUAAAUCACUUUGAUUGAUUUACAAAAAGCUGUACUUCUGUAAUAUAUACAACUUGAUGAGUUUUGGUGGUAAGUAUACAGUAGUGAAACCAACCUCAGAAUCCAUGCCAUAAACUUAGCCGUCACCUCCAAAGGUUUCCUCCUGCCCUCUUCAUUUUUUAAUCUCCACUAAUAGGAAGGAUACAAACAAAAAUCAAUCUAAUGCUAAGUACUUUUAAUGACGCCAUAAAUGGUUGGUAUCUUGUGAAAAAACAAUUUAAGUCAAUUCAGUGAAGCAGUGAGUUAGACUCAAGUAUUGUGAUGAUUUGGUGAGUUGUUAAUUUAUCAGCUGAUUAAUUAGUCC